AUGCACAGCCUCACCCUCAUCACGGCUGCGGCCGCCGCGCUGAUGCCCUCCGGGGCUUUCGCUGGCCCGGUCGCUCGCGCUGCCGCAAACUGCGCGAGCCCCAACUACAGUGUUGUCGGCUACGGCGCAGGCACUACUGGUGGCGGUAGCGGUAGUGGCACGACUGUCACUUCGUGCUCGGCGCUGACGACUGCUGCCAAGGCGGGCGGUGUCAUCAAGGUUUCCGGCAUCCUGUCGGGGUGCGGAAUUGUCGACCUCAAGAGCAGCACCACAGUCACUGGUGUUGGUGCCAACUCUGGUCUGACUGGCGGCGGUUUCCGAGUCAAGGGCGCCAGCAACGUCAUCAUCCGCAACAUGAAGCUCAAGAACUCGCCUGAGGGCAAGGAUCUAAUUGAGAUUCAAAAGUCGACCAAGGUCUGGGUCGACCACAUGGAUCUGUCGAACAACGGCAUCACUGGUGACAAGGACUACUAUGACGGUCUCCUUGACAUCACUCACGCUAGUGACUUUAUUACUGUGUCCUACACCAAGUUUCACGACCACUGGAAAGGCUCGCUCCUCGGCCACAGCGACAGCAACGCGUCCGAGGACACGGGCAAGCUGCACGUCACGUACCACCACAACCACUUCUACAACGUCAACUCGCGCCUGCCGUCAGUGCGCUUCGGCACGGUGCACCUGUACUCGUCGUGCUACGAGGGCAACCCGACGUCGGGCAUCAACUCGCGCAUGGGGGCGCAGGUGCUGGUCGAGCAGAGCUAUUUCGCGGACACGAAGCUCGCCAUCGUGACGGAUCUGGACAGCGACCAGGACGGGUACGCCGUCAGCCGGGACAAUGUAUUUGCCGGCAGCACUACGACGCGGAUCACCAAGACGGGCAGCUUGACCACUGUGCCGUACAGCUACACGCUCGACUCUGCGUCUUGCGUCUGCAACAUGGUCAAGUCCUACGCUGGCACUGGCAUCGUUGCUUGAAGACGGAUGAGUGGAGAACGCAUUAUUGGCUGGCUGUUGGGUGGAAGGUGGUCCUGAAAGGGAGGUGUUCUGAGACAAGAGUUCCACGUGUGCUCUCCAGGCUGCAGAUUUUGUCGUUCCAUUGGUCUCGAAGGACAGCCAGACACAAAGAUGAGG